AUGUCGAUUGGAACCGCGAACACCUCUAACAGAAGAGGUAACGUCACCAAGUUCACUAGACUCGCAUUUGUCUUGGUUACAGCAGCCUUUUUGGUGAUUUUUGACAUAACUCUUCCCGCCGCCGCCGCCAUGAAGAUUAGACUCUACACAAACAACAUCAGAUACGACAACAAGAACCUUGUUCCUGGAGAGCACGAGUGGAGUGAGAGAGAGCCAUUGGUCUCUGAGAGCAUCAGAUUCCACACCCAGGCUGGUCCUUCCGUGGUGUGCUUGCAGGAAGUGCUCCGCAACCAAUUGGAGGACAUCUUGGGCGACUUGAACCUGAAGAACAAGAACGAGUGGGACUACUACGGUGUGGGCCGUACUGACGGAAAGUACAAGGGUGAAUACGCCCCAAUUCUCUUCAGAAACGACGACUGGAACGCCAUUGAGAAGAAGACCUAUUGGCUCAGCCCUACCCCAGACAAGCCUUCCAAGGGCUGGGACGCUGCGCUCGAGAGAAUUGUCACCACGGUGAUUUUGGAGCUGAAGCAGAGUGGCCAGAGAGUGAAGGUGUUGAACACCCACUUUGACCACAAGGGUGUCACUGCCAGAAGAGAGCUGGCCAAGUUGCUCAUGAGCAAGAUGGAGGACGGUUCUGAGAUUCCUUUCUUGUGUGGAGACUUCAACACCGAGCCCACUGACGAGCCAUACCACCUCUUGACCGACGGAGGCUUCAAGGACGCUAGAAUCCAGGGCAAGGGCUACGGCUAUAACUCGACCUUCAGUGACUUCACCCGUGACCACGAGGCCAACACCAUCAUUGACUACAUCUGGUCUGGCGACGACAGCCACUGGCAAACAUACGGUGUGGUUCCCAACUACUUUGACUUUUACAUGAGUGACCACAGACCCGUCAUUGCCGAUUACGAGAUCUAA